AUGACCCAACCUCUCCACAUCCUCAUAGUAGGCGCAGGAAUUGGCGGACUCGCAUGUGCGAUAGCAUCUCUCAAAGAAGGAUUACAAGUCACGAUUCUGGAAAAAGCAGACUCUCUCGCUCCGAUAGGCGCAGGGAUCCAAAUUCCACCCAACGCGUCCCGUAUAUGGUCACAAUAUGGACUACUUGACCGCCUCAAGGAAGUUUCGGUGGUGUCCAGAGCGACGCAAUUACGGCGGUGGGAGACGGGCGAAGUGUUAGUUAUCCAUCGAGCGGAUUAUCAGAGGGUUCUUGUGGAGGAGGCGAAGCGUCUAGGGGUACGGUUGAGGUUGGAUGCGGAAGUCGUUGAUGUUGAUUUUGAUGGAACGAAGGUGGUAUUGAAAGAUGGGAAAGAAAUACGUGGGGACGUAAUUGUUGGUGCAGAUGGAUCAUGGUCAACUUUGCGAAGCCACCUCCUCGGCCAUGAUUCACCACCACAAGAGACUGGAGAUUUGGCGUAUCGCGGGACGUUCUCACGAGAAGCAUUGCUGGCACUUCGUGAUUCAGGUGUGAAUGAGCUCUGCGAGCAGAACAUCGUAACCAUGUGGAUUGGGCCGGAGAGCCAUGCUGUCUUCUAUCCCGUUCGAAGCAGUAAUGAAUUCAAUCUCGUCAUGACACGUCCAGACGACCUGCCACCGAACAUAAAAACCAAAGUUGGGGACUUAGAAGAGCUGAAAGCUAUCUUCGAAGGCUGGGAUCUUAUUCUCACAAAGAUUCUAUCAGCAUUCUCAUCAAACAAUUUCGCCCUGCUAGGCGAUGCGUGCCACCCCUCACUUCCCUACCAAGCUCAAGGCGCAGCCCUGGCUGUCGAAGACGGCGCCAUCAUCGCGACUCUCCUUAGCCUGUACCAAAAAGCAGCAUCACUCACCUCCACACGCAUUCCCACAUUACCAGAGACAUUGCAAUUAUACGAAGAGAUACAGAAAACGAGGACUACGACGCUGCACCUUGGAUCGAUAUCUAACCAGAAGAUGUAUCACCUAGAUGAUGGGCCGGAGCAAGAAGAGCGGGAUAGGAUUUUGAAGGCGGCGACGUGGGUGGAGAGACCGGAGGGGAAGGCGGAGCCGUUUCUUUGGAUUGAUUAUAGUUAUCAGUAUGAGAUGUUGAGCCGGGAUGCUAUCGGCGAUGCGAGGAGAAAAUGGGUGGAUCGUGUUCAGGGUUGUAGAGAGUGA